UAAGCCUGGAACUUACUGUCCGUUCACAAAGUGUUACAUUUGUAUAUCUCUACUAGCAUUGAGUCAGAAAUCACUUUGCUCUUGGGUGUUAAAUAAGAUAGGAAAUACUAAUAUCGCACAAUGCGCCCCUACAAGAAGGACGCUUUUAAGUCACAGGAUUACAUUAGUUUCUCGGCCCAUGCCCUUCUCUGUGAGGAUGACAACGACCAAUCACUAAACUCCCUUGAGCAGCACGACAUAGUUUUCCUCACAUAUCGUAAGGCACAUACCUUGCUCCAGGCAGGAAAGUUAUGGAUGAGGCGUAUGCAAUAUUAUUGUGCAAAAAGCGCUUUUGAGAAAGCGAUAAGCUGGUUGAAAAAUUGCAAAAUGACCAGUCUCGAACAGAAGAGCCGUAAAAAAGGGAUGCUGAUCGCCCUUUUCGAAACCUUGAUGAUCUGCCUUAACAAGAUGAGGCGGUAUAGGUGCGUCUGCCAUGUGAUGAAGGACCUUCGUCUCCUGACCAUCAAUAAUCCUUCGGCUUUGGCGCUCUGUCAGCAUGGUCGUGCCCUAAGCCACUUGGGUAAAUACUAUCCAUCACGUUUGUGCUACUUGAAGGCGCUGAAAAAAAGUCCCAGAGACAAGAGUAUUAUGAAUAAGAUUACCAGAAUCAACAAGAGAAUCAACGAUUUUGAGGAGACCAGUAAGAUGCUUUCUCAGCUGUCUAUAUAACAAUAAAAUCUACGCAAAUCUCGAUAUAUAAAGCAAUAAGCUAUCAAUUCAUAACAAAUAUCUUUAUCAGAUGCUUUCUCAGCUGUCUAUAUAACAAUAAAAUCUACGCAAAUCUCGAUAUAUAAAGCAAUAAGCUAUCAAUUCAUAACAAAUAUCUUUAUCAGAUGCUUUCUCAGCUGUCUAUAUAACAAUAAAAUCUACGCAAAUCUCGAUAUAUAAAGCAAUAAGCUAUCAGUUGAUAACAAAUAUCUUUAUCAGAUGCUCUCUCAGCUGUCUAUAUAACAAUAAAAUCUACGCAAAUCUCGAUAUAUAAAGCAAUAAGCUAUCAAUUCAUAACAAAUAUCUUUAUCAGAUGCUUUCUCAGCUGUCUAUAUAACAAUAAAAUCUACGCAAAUCUCGAUAUAUAAAGCAAUAAGCUAUCAGUUGAUAACAAAUAUCUUUAUCAGAUGCUUUCUCAGCUGUCUAUAUAACAAUAAAAUCUACGCAAAUCUCGAUAUAUAAAGCAAUAAGCUAUCAGUUGAUAACAAAUAUCUUUAUCAGAUGCUCUCUCAGCUGUCUAUAUAACAAUAAAAUCUACGCAAAUCUCGAUAUAUAAAGCAAUAAGCUAUCAAUUCAUAACAAAUAUCUUUAUCAGAUGCUUUCUCAGCUGUCUAUAUAACAAUAAAAUCUACGCAAAUCUCGAUAUAUAAAGCAAUAAGCUAUCAGUUGAUAACAAAUAUCUUUAUCAGAUGCUUUCUCAGCUGUCUAUAUAACAAUAAAAUCUACGCAAAUCUCGAUAUAUAAAGCAAUAAGCUAUCAGUUGAUAACAAAUAUCUUUAUCAGAUGCUUUCUCAGCUGUCUAUAUAACAAUAAAAUCUACGCAAAUCUCGAUAUAUAAAGCAAUAAGCUAUCAGUUGAUAACAAAUAUCUUUAUCAGAUGCUCUCUCAGCUGUCUAUAUAACAAUAAAAUCUACGCAAAUCUCGAUAUAUAAAGCAAUAAGCUAUCAGUUGAUAACAAAUAUCUUUAUCAGAUGCUUUCUCAGCUGUCUAUAUAACAAUAAAAUCUACGCAAAUCUCGAUAUAUAAAGCAAUAAGCUAUCAGUUGAUAACAAAUAUCUUUAUCAGAUGGUCUCUCAGCUGUCUAUAUAACAAUAAAAUCUACGCAAAUCUCGAUAUAUAAAGCAAUAAGCUAUCAGUUGAUAACAAAUAUCUUUAUCAGAUGCUCUCUCAGCUGUCUAUAUAACAAUAAAAUCUACGCAAAUCUCGAUAUAUAAAGCAAUAAGCUAUCAAUUCAUACCAAAUAUCUUUAUCAGAUGCUUUCUCAGCUGUCUAUAUAACAAUAAAAUCUACGCAAAUCUCGAUAUAUAAAGCAAUAAGCUAUCAGUUGAUAACAAAUAUCUUUAUCAGAUGGUCUCUCAGCUGUCUAUAUAACAAUAAAAUCUACGCAAAUCUCGAUAUAUAAAGCAAUAAGCUAUCAGUUGAUAACAAAUAUCUUUAUCAGAUGGUCUCUCAGCUGUCUAUAUAACAAUAAAAUCUACGCAAAUCUCGAUAUAUAAAGCAAUAAGCUAUCAAUUCAUAACAAAUAUCUUUAUCAGAUGCUUUCUCAGCUGUCUAUAUAACAAUAAAAUCUACGCAAAUCUCGAUAUAUAAAGCAAUAAGCUAUCAGUUGAUAACAAAUAUCUUUAUCAGAUGCUCUCUCAGCUGUCUAUAUAACAAUAAAAUCUACGCAAAUCUCGAUAUAUAAAGCAAUAAGCUAUCAAUUCAUAACAAAUAUCUUUAUCAGAUGCUUUCUCAGCUGUCUAUAUAACAAUAACAUCUACGCAAAUCUCGAUACAUAAAGCAUCAGUUGAUAACAAAUAUCUUUAUCAGAUGCUCUCUCAGCUGUCUACAUAACAAUAAAAUCUACUCAAAUCUCGAUGUAUAAAGCAAUCUAUAUAAGCUAUCAAGUGACAAUAAA